UUCUCUGUCGCUUUCCCUCCCCCUCUUCCUCUCGGUUGGGUUCGCGCGAUCGAAAAAAAAAAAAAUGAAUUUCCGCUGAAUUUCCGUGCGAUUUCGAUAACCUCCCUCGACCGCCGUCGAGAAUCUCUGCCAUCUGCUCAAACCGCUGCCAAUUUCGCGUCCGACGAGUUAGCGAGCCGUCGUCUAUUUUCGGAGAAUCGUGUCCGGUCGCGCGCCGACGAAUCGCCGAAGGAAUCUCACGCCAGUUUUCCCCACGAUCUUCGGAUAUUUUCGAGGAUUGCGUCGCGUGACGUACGAUUACCGCGUUCAAACGUGCGAGCGAUUUGCGGUUGCAUUAGAGAGCCAGUGUCCUGUCCUUGUUGCUGACUGAUAUCGGAACAAAGAAUAUUUAUUGGCAUAGAGGAGCUUUUAUUUGUUGACACUGCGGCGAGAGUUCAAACAGUAGGAUAUAUUCCUGCGAGAGUAAACAGAACACUUGGAGAGCCUUGAUUCUUGUAGCCAGGAUGUCUGGGAAUAAUGAUAGUUUGAAUAGUAAUACCUGUGUGGUGUGCUACAAGAAUGUUGACAUCUAUAGCAUUGGCAUGUGCGAGCACCCUGUGUGUUUCGAAUGCAGCACCAGGAUGAGGGUGCUCUGUCGCCAAAACGAGUGUCCUAUUUGCCGGCAGGAUCUACCAAAGGUUGUGUUCACGCAAGAGAUCAAACCCUUUAAUAGUUUGACUAUGACAAACUUGCUAGAUACUCGAUACGACAUUUACUUCACUAGUCUUGAUAUCCAAGAAAAGUUCACCGAAUUAUUAGCCAAUACUUGUUCCAUUUGUAAGGAGAAGCUAGUAUUUAGCAGUUUCAACAGUUUGAAAGAUCAUAUGCGACAACGACACGAGCUGCAUUAUUGUGAUCUAUGUGUAGAAAACUUAAAGAUAUUUUCACAUGAAAGGCGUUGUUACACGAGAUCGAAUUUAGCCACGCAUCGAAGAAAAGGUGAUGUUGAUGAUAAGAGUCAUAAAGGUCAUCCGCUCUGCGAGUUUUGUGAUCAGCGUUACAUGGACAACGAUGAACUGUAUCGGCAUUUGAGACGCGAUCACUUGUACUGUCAUUUCUGCGAUGCGGAUGGCUUGCAUCAGUAUUAUAGCUCGUACGAUUAUCUCAGAGAUCAUUUUCGGCAAGAGCACUAUCUGUGCGAGGAGGGAGUGUGCGCGGAAGAGAAAUUUACGAGUGUUUUCCGAACCGAUAUAGAUCUUAAGGCGCAUAAGGCCAGCGUUCACGGUAAGCAGUUGAGUAAAGCCGCCGCUAAACAGGCGAGAACAUUAGAGCUGGAGUUUACUCUAGCGCCACGCGGUGAAAAUCGAAUGAAUAGAAGAAACAUGCUGGGCGCGUCCACAUCGAGAAACACAAGAGAUUACAAUGGUAGAGACUAUAGUUCAAGGGAUUAUCAACAAACCUCGGUACCAAGCGGGUCCAAUUCGUUUGUAUCCAACAACGAACCUACCUUCACGAGACAACCUUCCGUGGAUGUGCAAAGUACCGAUGAAUUUCCCACGUUAGGUGGCAAUGCCGCUACUCCUGUCGUUCCUACCCUGACUCAGACCAAGAGCAGAGGGAACGUGACCAUUCGCAGCACUGUGAGGAAUCAACCGCUCGCUGUAACGGACGAAAAUUUUCCUGCGUUAGGCUUAGACUCGGCUGGACCUGGCAUCUCGAAAACAGUAAACUUCAGUGUCUCCAGCAGUAGUAACGCCUCGGGAUCCAGCGGCAUGGCACAGUGUCAGAAAGCUUCCGCAUCUUCGAACGUUUCUAUUCAGGUAAACCACGAGCCAAACGGCAUCGUUACCACCAGAGUGUCUGGACCCAAUAUUAGGAUACGUCCCGCACAAUUGUCGAUAGAUUCCGAUUUCCCAGCCUUGGGUAGUACCGAGCCGUCUACCAGUACUGCCAAUUCGACUCAAUGGAAAGAAGUCCUUCAGUGGACCUGUUCAAAAUCGACACCAGCGAACGCACCAGCGAAGUCCAAGAGAGUCGCGCCGCCGCCUUCGAUACCAUCGCCACCGCCUAUUCAAUCCGGCGAAGAUUUUCCUAGUUUAACUCCUAAAUCGAAAUCGAAAAAGCAAUCGAUAAUCACGGUGGUACCAUCGUGGGGACAAAAUUCGCAGAAUUCUAGCAACAAUGCCAAAACGAUGGAUCAGACGAAGGGCAAAACGAAAAAGAAAAAAGCGAAACAGGCUUCAAAUGGUAACAGCUCGAGCGGAAAUGAGUCUAACAGCUCCAAGUCAAAUGUAAAUGCGGCAAAGAAAGAAGUCGAAUUGACGAAUACCAAUGACUUGGAUAAUUGCCACUGUGUCAUAUCUAAAGAGAACUCGCAAACCACGCAAGGCUCUAACAAUGUUACAAGCAACGAUAAUUCGUCCAAGAUUACGAGUGUACAAAACUCGAAGGAGUCGGAGCACGCGAAUAAGAAGGACAAGAGGAAAAGUAAAAGCAAUGUUGACGGAAAUUCCGGCAUUGCCGUCAUCAAUACAGAAUCCGAAAGUGGAAGCAAUGCUGCGUCGAACGGAGAAAAGCAACGAAAACGCAGCGAACUCAAGAUAGAUAGCUUGAAUACUACCAAUAAUAAUAUCCAUCGGUCGGAAGACUUCCCUGCUUUAGGUAGCACCAGCAAUACUAGCAGACCGCCGGGUUUCACGAAUCCACCUCCGGGUUUUGCUUCGUCGACCUUACCGCCACCCGGUUUCACCAUCAAAUACAACAGCAUCGACAAGUUGCACGGCAGCAAUGGCUUGACGUUUACAAACAGCUCUGGCGAGAGCUACUCUAUCUUGCCGGAUAACAAUAGCAAGCAUGCUGCCCCAGCUUAUUACGUGUCGCCGCCAGAUUUUCAGAAACGAAACACGUGCCUGGUGGCAAAACUUAACGAGGUUCUCAUCGAGCAAGAUAAGAUCGAGGAGUUCCGUUAUGUGAGCGGUCUCUUUCGUGCAGGCACCUGCGACGCCAAAGAAUAUUACACGCAUUGUCGCGAAGUUAUGGGCACCAAUGCUUUCGAGAGUGUAUUCCCCGAACUUUUGGUACUGUUGCCGGAUAUCGUGAAGCAGCAGGAGCUGUUCAAGGUGUACAAAAAGGAAGUUGGCGGCAGAACGAAGGGACUGGAGAUGUGCGCAACGUGCGGCCAGAUUCUCAAGAACGGCACGGACUUUAGAAUGCAUAUGUCUAGUCAUACGUUGGAGAAUCACUUUCCGGCGCUGGGUAAUAAGAGUAACACACCACCGCCCAAAAAUACGUGGGUACGUAAAUGAGUCGAUUGCACUCCCUUGUCCGUCGUCGUCAGUUUCUCAGACUUGAGCUAGCCAACUGUCAGCGCUGAAACAUUGUAAAUAUAUAUAUCGCUUUUAUUAUUUUUAUCAACAUUUCGAGAUAAUCUGUAUCGAGAGAGUUUUUAUCUUUAUGCGAGAAUACGAGCGUAAUAUUUAUUCCAGGAGUCAAUCAAUUCUUAUUAGCGUUGAAACUUUUUAUGCGUAAAAUUAAUGCUAAUUAGUUGCCAUAGAUUUAAUACUUGUUGAGGAAAUUGUGAAACGAUUGAGAUAAAAGAAAAAAUAAGUACAUCGGAGGUUUUACGAACGGUUGUAUUAAUGGUGUCAUGUUUCGAGAUGCAAUUGGCGUGAUGAGAACGUGAUGAAAUAUUCUUUUUUAUGUAAUAAAUUCUUUACAUGAAAAAUAAUAUAUACUGAAUGCAAAUAAGUCUAUUAAAAGUUAUGUAAAUGAUGAGAUGCAAACAUAUAUAUAUAGUGACGAGACGCACUAAUGUUUCAACGAUUGUCUAUUUCUGUGCUCUGUACUUUAAGAUAUCCUGUGUACAUAAAGUUCGUACAAAAAAAAAAAGAGAAAAAAGAUAGAAGAGUUCCUUCUAUAAUUUAUUUGAUAUAUUUCUCAGAAUGUAUUAGAGAUGGAAUAGAUUGCUGUGGUAUAUAUAUAUGUAUAUGAAAGAAUAACACCAUACAUAUUAACAAAUUGUUUGAUACAUU